UUCGGAUUCCACCUCAUGGUUUCGUCACUCGUGGAACCUCAAGGGCAAUUAUGGAAUAAUACGCAUCUAAACCCUAUAUAUAAAUAUCGUGUGGAUUCCCACGGCCUCAACUUGCUUAGGCGGUGUAUUGCGUGCGCUCGGCACCUUAGGAGGCGACGCUAUCUUUUCCUCGCUCAUUCAUUCUGUGUCAGAAAUUGUUUCAGCUGUUACUGCAAUAUUGCAAUGGCGGACGGUCAUGAAACUGACAAGAACAUUGAGAUAUGGAAGAUUAAGAAAUUGAUUAAGGCUCUUGAAGCUGCAAGGGGUAAUGGUACCAGCAUGAUUUCUCUCAUCAUGCCUCCUCGCGAUCAGAUAUCUCGUGUUACGAAGAUGCUGGGUGAUGAAUUUGGGACUGCUUCAAACAUUAAAAGCAGAGUGAACCGGCAGUCUGUUUUAGGCGCAAUCACAUCUGCUCAGCAGAGGCUCAAGCUUUACAACAAGGUUCCUCCAAAUGGGCUUGUACUUUACACUGGAACCAUUGUUACAGAAGAUGGGAAAGAAAAAAAGGUUACCAUUGAUUUUGAGCCUUUUAGACCCAUUAAUGCGUCUCUCUACCUCUGUGACAACAAGUUUCAUACUGAGGCUUUGAAUGAACUUUUAGAAUCAGAUGACAAGUUUGGGUUUAUUGUCAUGGAUGGUAAUGGGACCCUUUUUGGGACAUUAAGUGGUAACACACGAGAGGUGCUUCAUAAAUUUAGUGUUGAUCUGCCAAAGAAGCAUGGAAGAGGAGGGCAAUCAGCUCUGCGUUUUGCUCGUCUUCGAAUGGAGAAGCGCCAUAACUAUGUUAGAAAGACUGCAGAGCUUGCUACACAGUUUUUUAUCAAUCCUGCCACUAGUCAGCCCAAUGUCUCUGGAUUGAUUCUUGCUGGAUCGGCCGACUUCAAAACAGAACUCAGUCAGUCAGAUAUGUUUGAUCCCCGUCUUCAGGCCAAGAUACUGAACGUGGUUGAUGUUUCUUAUGGAGGGGAAAAUGGCUUUAAUCAAGCUAUUGAGCUGUCCUCUGAGAUCCUUUCCAACGUGAAGUUUAUACAAGAGAAGCGCUUGAUAGGCAAAUACUUUGAGGAGAUCAGCCAGGAUACUGGGAAGUAUGUCUUUGGUGUAGAUGACACACUGAAGGCUCUGGAGAUGGGUGCUGUUGAGAUACUCAUUGUGUGGGAAAGUCUAGAUAUUAAUAGGUAUACUUUGAAAAAUGGAACCACUGGUGAGGUUAUCAUAAAACACUUUAACAAGGAGCAGGAAAACAAUCAGAACAACUUUCGGGAUCCUACUGGCACUGGUGAAUUUGAGGUUCAAGAGAAAAUGUCACUUUUGGAGUGGUUCGCUAAUGAGUACAAGCGGUUUGGGUGUACACUUGAAUUUGUCACUAACAAAUCACAGGAGGGAUCUCAGUUCUGCCGGGGAUUUGGUGGUAUUGGAGGAAUCCUUCGUUACCAGCUUGAUAUAAGGUCCUUUGAUGAGUACUCUGAUGAUGGUGAAGUUUAUGAUGACUCUGAAUAGCAAUCAAUUAACCGGUUCCCUAUGGCUGGUGCAGAGAGUGGGGUGACCAGGCCCACUGCACCAGCGCGAGUUGUACUCGCAGCUGCUGCUCCUGGUGGUGUUGCGCAAAAUGUUUCUGAAAGGCUUAAUCAAGGACCUUACGGUGUUCUUAGAGCCUGCAAGCUUGGCGUGGUGAUCUAAUCUGGAUCACCAAAUGGCUGGAAAGAUCAUCUGCAUCUGUUUCUCGUUUCAAUCAAGACUUAUAUGGACGAAUGCUACCACAUUUUGGGAAUCCUUAUUAUGGUUGUGGUCUUGUGGAAGCUGGGAAGUUACUACUAAGUUUGUUUUAUCCCGGGUCAUGAAGUUUAGUUUCUUAUCUUAGAAGUUAUGUAACCUUUUGAGUCACUAUGUUCGUGGAAUGUUCUGUUGAAUACUUUUAGCAUGUUUACCCUUUUGAUACAUGGCUCAUGGACCAUGGCCUAUGGUUUAAUAAUAUGAUAUAAUAAGAAUUUAUAUGGUUUGCGGUUU